AUGGCCAUUACUUCUGCUCAAUUAACUUUUCUAUUUGGCCUACUUGGCAAUAUCAUCUCAUUCGGUGUGUUCUUGUCCCCUAUUCCAACCUUCUAUCAGAUUUACAAGAAGAAAUCAACUGAAGGGUUUCAAUCGAUUCCUUAUGUGGUUGCACUACUGAGUGCGAUGCUGUGGAUAUAUUAUGCAUUGCUCAAAAUGAAUGCAACUUUCCUCAUCACCAUUAACUCCUUUGGCUGCGUCAUUGAACUUCUCUACAUUUGCUUCUUCCUUUUCUACGCUACAAAGAAGGCUAGGGUUAAUGCGUUGAAGGAAAUUUCAGGCCUAUUAGUUUGUGGCUUUGGUCUUAUUGUUGCACUCACGUACUUCUUAGCUCAUGGUUCAACCCGUGUCCGAGCUGUUGGUUGGGUUUGCCUCGUCUUCUCUUUGUGCGUCUUUGUCGCUCCCUUAUGCAUCGUGAGAGAAGUUAUAAGAACAAAAAGUGCGGAAUACAUGCCCUUGCCAUUAUCGAUUUUCCUCACGAUGAAUGCUGUGGCUUGGUUUUUCUACGGCCUCCUACUCAAAGACUACAACAUUGCUCUUCCAAAUGUACUCGGAUUCGUGUUCGGGAUUCUUCAAAUCAUACUAUACAUGAUCUACAGAAAGUCACCAAAGAAAGAGAGCGAUCUUGAGCAAAUGAAGGUGGCAGAGUUAGCUGAUCAUAUUAUCAUAGUGGAGGAAAAUAAAAAUUCAGGAGGCCAAAAUAAAGUGCAAAUUAAUUAUUGA